CAGCUGGAGUCGGGCGGUGGUUCUCUUGGCCUUGUGCAGAACUUGGUUUAGGCUGACUCCCUGUGGAUUCAGGCUGAUAACCGAAGUCGCUGAAAAGAAAAUCUUCAGUGGUCAGUGUCUACAGCGCCACCAUGUCAGCACGUCUGAAACGAAUAUAUGACCACCAAUACCACCACAAAGAGAGCCAAUAUGUGGUCAAAGAAUACAGCAGCUCCAAGGCCUCUGAAGAAAGAUAUGAGUACAAAACACAAGCUCGAAUUCAGGAAGUGGUAAGAACAAAGUUGGGAGAAAAAUAUGUGCGCGAAGAACCUAUGAUCAGGGGACCAGAGUUCUUCGUCAGACUCAGAUCCCAUACUGUGUUUGAAAACACUCCGAUCAAACUCUUCUGUACUGUUGAAGGCUACCCCAUGCCAGUUGUGAAAUGGUAUAAAGAUGGCGUGAUCCUGGACUUGUCCUCUGGAAAGUAUCUGGUUGAAGCCAGAGGUGGGAGCCACUCUCUGUUGAUCCCAAGGUAUAGUAAGUUCAACAAAAUAGCUAUCU